AUGGGGCACGAAACCGUCCGCCGGGGCAAGUCACAAGCGGCUGCGGCGGCCGACGGAACCGCAAGGGGGAGAAGAAAAAACAUGGGAACCAUUACCGACGCCUUCAUCUGCGGCUAUGUGCGCACGCCGAUCGGCCGCUAUGGCGGGGCCUUGUCCUCCGUCCGUGCCGACGAUCUGGGCGCCGUGCCGAUCAGGGUUCUGAUGGCGCGUCACGAUGCCGUGGAUUGGGGCGCCAUCGACGAUGUCGUCUAUGGCUGCGCCAACCAGGCCGGCGAGGACAAUCGCAACGUGGCCCGCAUGUCGGCGCUUCUGGCCGGCCUGCCCGAGACCGUGCCCGGCACAACGAUGAACCGUCUGUGCGGCUCCGGCAUGGAUGCGGUGAUCGCCGCUGCGCGCGCGAUUCGCGCCGGCGAAGGCGAGCUCUACGUGGCCGGCGGCGUCGAAUCCAUGUCGCGUGCGCCCUUCGUCAUGCCCAAGGCCGACGCUGCCUUCUCCCGAUCCAAUGCGGUCCACGACACGACGAUCGGCUGGCGGUUCGUCAACCCGGUCAUGAAGGCGCAGUACGGCAUCGAUUCGAUGCCCGAGACUGCCGAGAACGUCGCCGAGGACUUCGGGAUCAGCCGCGCCGAUCAGGACGCAUUCGCCCUCAGGAGCCAGGAGCGCGCCGCCAGGGCCAUCAAAUCAGGACGGUUUGCGAAGGAAACCACGCCCGUCACCAUCCCACAGCGCAAGGGCGAUCCGGUCGUUGUCGACACGGACGAACAUCCCCGCACGACCACCCUCGAAAAGCUCGGCGCGCUCAAGGCGCCCUUCCGCGAAGGCGGCUCGGUCACCGCCGGCAACGCCUCGGGCGUCAAUGACGGCGCGGCGGCGCUGAUCAUCGCCUCGGAAAAGGCUGCCGAACGCAACGGCCUGACGCCGGUCGCCCGCAUUCUGGGCGGCGCAACCGCCGGCGUGCCGCCGCGCAUCAUGGGCAUCGGGCCGGCGCCUGCGACCAGGAAGCUGUGCGCCCGGCUCGGCAUGACGCCUGCCGAUUUCGACGUGAUCGAGCUCAACGAAGCCUUCGCCGCUCAGGGACUUGCCGUUCUGCGCGAACUCGGCCUUGCCGACGACGCCGACCAUGUGAACCCCAAUGGCGGCGCGAUCGCGCUGGGCCAUCCGCUCGGCAUGUCGGGCGCGCGCAUCACGGGCACCGCCGCGCUGGAACUGGUCGAACGCGGCGCAAGCCGCGCUCUGGCCACCAUGUGCAUCGGCGUCGGCCAGGGAAUCGCCGUCGCGCUGGAACGCGAUCGGGCUCGCAAUGUCGGUUUUUGCCCAGCGGGCGGUAUCGGGAUCGGCCAUUGUGGCCCGAACAUCGGGGAGCAGGCCGUGACCGGGCAGAUCGACGCCUACUGGCGCAACUAUAUCGACGGCAAGUGGGCCGAUGGCGGUGCCGGACGCAUCACCGUUGACGAUCCGGCGACCGGCGAGCCGCUGGCCGAGCAGGCUCUGGCCGAUGAGGCCGAUGUCGAUCGCGCCGUCGCGGCGGCGCGCCGCGUCCAUGAAAGCGGCGUGCUCACCGCCAUGCGCCCGGUCGAGCGCGGUCGCAUGGUUCAGGCCAUGGGCCGCUUUCUUCUGGACCAUCUGGACGAGAUCGCACCGGUUCUGACGCGCGAAGCGGGCAAGCCGCUAUGGGAAGCCCGGAUCGAGGUGGAGGGGGCCGCCCGCUAUUUCGAGUAUUACGGCAAUCAGGCCGAGACCGUGGAAGGCCGCUCCAUCCCGCUCGGCGCCGGCUAUCUCGAUUUCACCCUGCACGAGCCCUAUGGCGUCUCUGCCCAGAUCAUACCCUGGAACUAUCCGCUUGAGAUGACGGCGCGGUCGCUGUCCGCUGCGCUUGCCACCGGCAAUGCCUGCGUGGUCAAGACGCCCGAACUCGACCCGCUCACCAAUGCCUGGCUGGCACGCGCCGCCGAGUGGGCAGGCUUUCCGCCCGGCGCGGUCAACAUCCUGUGCGGGCUGGGCAGCCAGGCCGGCGCAGCGCUUUGCGCCCACCCCGGCAUCGACCAGAUCGUUUUUACCGGCUCGGUGCCGACCGGCAUCGCCAUCGCGACGGCCGCCGCGCGCAACAUCGUGCCCUGCAUCCUGGAACUCGGCGGCAAAUCGGCCGCGAUCGUCCACGACGAUGCCGAUCUCGACGCGUUCAUGAACGAUGUGCGCUGGGGCAUCUGGUUCAAUGCCGGCCAGGUCUGUUCGGCGAUGAGCCGCGUGAUCGUCCACGAAAAGCGCCAUGACGAACUGAUCGACCGGGUCACCGCCCUCGCCGCCUCCCUGUCCGUUGGUCCCGGCAUCGAACGGGGCGAGUUCGGCGCCAACAUGGGUGCGAUGAUCUCGGAAAGGCAGCGUGACCGGGCCGUGUCCAUGGUGUCGGGCGCAGAACGCGAGGGCGCGACGACGGCAGCGGGUGGCCGCAAGCUCAACCGCCCCGGCUGGUUCAUGGAACCGACCGUGAUGACCGGCGUGACGCCCGAUAUGACCAUCGCACGCGAAGAAGUGUUCGGUCCGGUCCUCUCGGUGAUGCCGUUUUCGGGCCACGACGAAGCCAUCGCGAUCGCCAACGGCACCGAUUACGGUUUGGUCGCCGGCGUCUUCACCCGCGAUCUCGACCGGGCCACGCGCGCCGCGAGCCGGCUGCGCGCCGGCCAGGUCUUCGUCAAUGAAUGGUAUGCUGGCGGUGUCGAAACGCCGUUUGGCGGCUACGGCAAGUCCGGCUAUGGGCGCGAGAAGGGCCGCGAGGCACUGUGGAAUUACGUGCAGACGAAAAACGUCGCCAUCAAAACGGCUUAA